AUGGCGGCGACGGCGGAGCAGGAGCAGCAGCAGUUCUACCUUCUGCUGGGCAACCUGCUCAGCCCAGACAAUGCGGUCCGCAAGCAGGCCGAGGAGACGUAUGAGAAUAUUCCAGGUCAAUCUAAGAUCACGUUCCUCCUACAAGCAAUCAGGAAUACUGCUGCUGCUGAGGAGGCUAGACAAAUGGCAGCUGUCCUUCUACGACGUCUUUUGUCUUCUGCUUUUGAAGAAGUUUAUCCAGCUCUUUCACCUGAUGAUCAGACCUCUAUCAAAAGUGGAUUGCUGUUGAUUAUUCAGUUGGAAACGCAGUCCAGUAUGAGGAAAAAAAUCUGUGACAUCGUUGCUGAAUUGGCCAGGAACUUAAUAGAUGAAGAUGGCAACAACCAGUGGCCAGAAGUUCUGAAGUUCUUAUUUGACUCUGUCAGCUCUCAGAACGUGGGACUGCGUGAGGCUGCUCUACAUAUUUUCUGGAAUUUUCCUGGGAUUUUUGGGAAUCAGCAGCAACACUAUUUGGAGGUCAUUAAGAGAAUGCUGGUUCAGUGUAUGCAAGAUCAAGAGCAUCCAUCAAUCAAGACUCUGUCUGCUAGAGCUGCAGCUGCAUUUGUGCUUGCUAAUGAGCACAAUCUUCCUCUUCUUAAACAUUUUGCAGACUUGCUACCUGGAAUCUUGCAGGCUGUAAAUGAUUCCUGCUACCAAAACGAUGAUUCUGUCCUGAAAUCCCUUGUAGAAAUUGCAGAUUCUGUUCCCAAGUAUUUACGACCACAUUUAGAACCUACGUUGCAACUAAGUCUAAAGUUGUGUGCAGAUGCCAGUCUCAGUAACAUGCAGCGUCAGUUGGCGCUUGAAGUAAUUGUGACCUUGUCAGAAACUGCUGCUGCUAUGCUGAGGAGGCAUACAAACAUUGUUGCACAAGCCAUUCCUCAAAUGUUAGCAAUGAUGGUUGACUUGGAAGAAGAUGAAGAUUGGGCAAAUGCAGAUGAGCUUGAAGAUGAUGAUUUUGACAGCAAUGCAGUUGCUGGUGAGAGUGCACUGGACAGGAUGGCAUGUGGCCUUGGAGGAAAACUUGUUUUACCUAUGAUUAAAGAACAUAUUAUGCAAAUGCUUCAGAAUCCUGACUGGAAAUACAGACAUGCUGGCUUGAUGGCACUCUCAGCCAUUGGAGAAGGUUGUCACCAACAGAUGGAGGGAAUUUUAAAUGAGAUAGUUAAUUUUGUUUUGCUAUUCCUUCAGGAUCCUCAUCCAAGAGUAAGAUACGCUGCUUGUAAUGCUAUCGGACAAAUGGCAACUGACUUCGCACCUGGUUUUCAAAAGAAAUUUCAUGAGAAGGUGAUAGCAGCUCUUCUGCAAACCAUGGAGGAUCAAGGCAACCAGCGUGUUCAAGCCCAUGCAGCUGCAGCACUCAUAAACUUCACUGAAGAUUGUCCCAAGUCACUGCUUAUUCCAUAUUUGGAUAAUCUAGUGAAACAUCUUCAUUCCACUAUGGUGAUAAAAUUACAAGAGUUGAUACAGAAAGGCACUAAGCUAGUUUUGGAGCAAGUUGUGACUUCAAUUGCAUCAGUUGCAGAUACAGCAGAGGAGAAGUUUGUUCCCUACUAUGAUUUAUUUAUGCCCUCUUUAAAACACAUUGUUGAGAAUGCUGUUCAGAAGGAAUUAAGACUUUUACGAGGAAAGACUAUUGAAUGCAUCAGCCUAAUUGGUCUUGCUGUUGGGAAAGAAAAGUUUAUGCAGGAUGCAUCAGACGUAAUGCAGCUGUUAUUGAAGACGCAAACAGACUUCAGUGAUCUAGAAGAUGAUGAUCCACAGAUUUCUUACAUGAUCUCAGCAUGGGCCAGAAUGUGUAAAAUUCUUGGAAAGGAAUUUCAGCAGUACCUUCCUGUUGUCAUGGGACCUUUAAUGAAGACUGCAUCCAUUAAACCUGAAGUAGCUCUUUUAGACACACAAGAUAUGGAGAAUAUGAGUGAUGAUGAUGGUUGGGAAUUUGUAAACCUAGGAGAUCAGCAAAGUUUUGGAAUUAAAACUGCAGGCCUUGAAGAAAAAGCAACUGCAUGCCAGAUGCUGGUUUGCUAUGCAAAAGAGCUAAAAGAAGGAUUUGUCGAAUACACAGAGCAAGUUGUAAAGCUGAUGGUUCCUUUGUUGAAGUUCUAUUUCCAUGAUGGUGUUCGAGUGGCAGCAGCAGAGUCGAUGCCCCUCCUUCUUGAAUGUGCUAGAGUUCGUGGGCCGGAGUACCUCACACAGAUGUGGCACUUCAUGUGUGAUGCGCUCAUCAAAGCCAUUGGGACAGAACCAGAUUCAGAUGUUCUCUCAGAAAUAAUGCAUUCUUUUGCAAAGUGCAUUGAGGUAAUGGGAGAUGGAUGCCUUAACAACGAACACUUUGAAGAACUUGGAGGAAUAUUGAAAGGAAAACUAGAAGAGCACUUUAAAAAUCAAGAAUUAAGACAGGUGAAAAGACAAGAUGAAGACUAUGAUGAACAAGUUGAAGAGUCAUUACAAGAUGAAGAUGACAGUGACGUUUAUAUUUUGACUAAAGUAUCGGACAUUUUGCACUCAAUAUUCAGCAGUUAUAAGGAGAAGGUACUGCCGUGGUUUGAAAGGCUACUUCCACUAAUUGUCAACCUAAUUUGUCCACAUAGGCCAUGGCCAGACAGGCAGUGGGGGCUGUGCAUUUUUGACGAUAUUGUAGAGCACUGCAGCCCCUCCUCGUUCAAGUACGCUGAAUACUUCCUGAGGCCAAUGCUACAGUCAAUAUGUGACAACAGCCCAGAGGUUAGGCAAGCAGCUGCCUACGGUGUUGGAGUUAUGGCACAGUUUGGUGGGGACAGCUAUCGUCCUUUUUGCACAGAGGCGCUUCCAUUGCUGGUGAGAGUCAUUCAGUCACCAGAUGCCAAAACCAAAGAGAAUGUCAAUGCAACAGAGAACUGCAUUUCAGCUGUAGGAAAGAUAAUGAAGUUCAAGCCUGACUGUGUAAAUGUUGAAGAAGUCCUGCCACACUGGUUAUCAUGGCUUCCACUUCAUGAAGAUAAGGAAGAAGCUGUUCAUACUUUCAAUUAUCUGUGUGACUUAAUUGAGAGCAACAACCCAGUUGUCCUCGGUCCCAACAACUCCAACCUUCCCAGAAUAUUUGGUAUAAUUGCGGAUGGUGAAAUUCAUGAAGCUAUUAAACAUGAAGAUCCAUGUACCAAGCGGUUGGCUAAUGUUGUUCGCCAAGUGCAGACAUCUGGAGGACUGUGGACAGAAUGCAUAUCACACCUCAAUGCAGAUCAACAGGCAGCCAUACAGGAGCUCCUGAACUCUGCUUGAAGGGCCUUAAUUAUCAUCUGCAAGAAAACUAACUCCAAAUAAACGUUUACCCUAUUGUU